AUGAACUUGAAAAUGCUUAAGAGUAUCGAAGCAUUGUUGUCUCAUUUUCUGGCUACCAAAAGGGUGCUAAGAUACUUUGCUAGAACGUUAAGUAAUGUGCUAGUGUUUAUGAAAGGUACCUUCCCACUGCGAGUGCAAGCUUUUGCUGAUAGAGACUGGGGAGGGAACCCAGAUGAUCGACGCUUGAUUUCAGGACAUUGUGUGUUCUUGGGAUGUAAAAUUGUUGCUUGGAGUUCAAAGAAACAAAAGUCUGUGUCCCGGUCUACAAUGGAGGCGGAGUAUAGGAGUGUAGUUAAUGCUACAGCAGAAGUAACCUGGGUUCAUGCUUUGCUUGUUGACACAUGA